AUGGAUGGCUUUAGUCCAGAAAAACUUGUUCGAAUAAGGUAUGCUGAAGUUUUAAGAAAUUUAAGAGGCCCCGCAGGCUCGGGAAAAAUGAUUCAGAAUUUGACUUUACUUGCAGAGGAUCAGCGACAAUAUGCCCAUAUUAUUGCAAGUGUUAUUUUAGAAGAGAUUCCAAGAUCUGAUAUUCCAAGGAAGUAUGUUCUUUUGUGUUUGGUGGAUUCUAUAGUUCGAAAAUGCCGAUCAGGAUCUAUCUUUUUUCCAUACUUUUUGCCUUACAUCGCUCCAUAUUUUGCAGAAGCUUACACAACUAAAACAUCGCCUCAAAUCUUACGUUCCUUGGAAAAGCUUUUGAAAGUCUGGAGCGAUUCAUUUCCUCGAGAUAUUGUUCAAAAACUUAUUUCCACAACCAAUAAUGUGAGAUCAAAAUUAAAUGAACCUCCAAUUGAGAUAGAAAUUAAUAACACAAGUUCCACAGCUUCUAAACUUAACAAUUCUAACUUGAAGGGUGGUAACAACUCAAAUUCUAGUUCCAAUGCGAGCAUUAAUGGAGCUAAUACAAAUUCAAUUGAGACCUCACGUACAGGGAUGGAAACUGCUAGAGUUAAUGAAAUGUAUUUGAAUAUUUCAAAAGCAAUUAUUCAGAAGUGUAAUAUCUCUGAUGGUGGCAAUGCUCUGCUAAACAAGUUAAUUUCAGAUCCUAUAGUUCAUAAAAUAGCACAUUUAAAUACUUAUGGAAAAAUACAGGAGUCUCAAAAGUUGAUGGACACUUUAGUAAUGAGUAUCGAACCAAAUAAUUUUGAGCAUAAACAUAUCAACUCAAUUGGUGAUCAACUUCCAACUAACAAGAGACAAAAACAGGAGGUUUCUAUCAACAAAACAAAUAGAAGUUCUGAGAUUAAUUCAAUUAAUCAAAACCAUUUUAAUCAUUCAAGUUCUCAAUCUGUAAAAUUAAUGGGUAUUCCUUCUUCUGUACAGCAACAUAUGUCUCCCCCUCCUCCACAAAUUUCUUCUAGUCAAUCUGUUAAAUUAUCAACAACUUCUAAUCCUACAGUAUCUCCAUCAGUUUCAGCAGCUGCAGCUGCAGCUGCAGCUGCUGCAGCGGCGGCAGUAGUUCAAUCGAAAGCACAAAUUCAACAUCAAAAACAUGCAUCCAGUAUUUUAUCUACACAACCAAUUAUUUCCCAGUCUCAGUCAAAAAUGAAUAUUCCUCAAUCUAGCACAGCUCCACAACAGUUGUCACCAGCGGUAUCAUCUUCCAUACCUUCUACAUCAGUAUUAAGUACAUCAGGGACUGGCAGUAAUAUUAAAAAAACAUUUUCACCAAGAUUUUUAGAAAACAGUACAUCAUCAAUUUUGUUUUCUGUUUGGAACCAAUUAUUUCGAGGUAAUACAAGAAUAGAAUCUGAUAAUCUAAAGAAAAUCAAUUCGUCAGUUAUUGAUGGCAAAGGCGAUCAAAAUAUUUUUUUGGAAGGCCUUCAAAUAAAGGAAAUAAGUGAUUUACUACUUUUAUUUAAAAAACUUCAGGAAAAUGUUGAUGCUUCGAUUCAGUUUAAGAGAUCUGUUUGGUUGAAAUCUCAUUUUAUUAAGAAGAGAAUGAUCGAUAACAUCAAUGAUUUUAAUUUGCAGGCAAAUGUUUCAAUGUAUUAUUCAGAAAGACCAAACCAAUGCCAUACAUGUGGCUAUAGAUUUAUUGACUGUAAGAAGAAGGAAUCCCAUAUUCAAAUCCAUCUAACCAAAAAUCUUAUAUUUAGACAAAAAAAGCAGACUUCUAAUUUUCAAUUACUCUGGCCUUCUCUUCAGGAUUGGAUUUACAAUUCCGACAAAGGUGCCUUAGGAGAGACUUCGACAGAGGUUUCAGGUGAAAGUAAGGAUCUUAUUGCAGAUAAUGACAAAGUAGGAAACCUCAUUGGUGAAAAGGGAAAUGAUUUUACUAAUGAAGGCUCUCAAAGCAGUGAUAAAAAUGUUAGCUUCAAUGAUCUUUUUAAUUCUCUGUUCAAAACUAAAUCGGGGAGGUCUUUGGUUUCUGGAAGUGGCAGAGAACAUUUAGGAUUUAAUGAGAAAUCUAUUGAAACGAACUGUAUUAAUUCUAAUUCUGGCUCAGAAGAUCAAGUUUCAUCUUCAAUUGGAACUUGCAAAAACAUCUUAUUGACUCAAUACAUAAAUUAUUUAAAGAAUGUUCCUAAUUUUGAUUUUGAAACUAUAUUGAAUAAGCUUGUAACAAUUACUAACGAUACAAACAGUGACAUCUAUGGAAAUCUAGUUAGAGAUGUAGACGACAUUUGUAAUAGUUUAUCCUCACUUUGGAAUGAAAUGACACAAAGCGUAAUUUCUACUUAUACUCCAGUUGACCAUUUGCAUAUGGUUUGUGAUAUAUGCCAUGAGUCUUUAAAUGUUAAGUGGUGUUCAAUUAAUAAGUCGUGGAUUUCGACCGAUGCAAUCGCCCUCACACAAGGCUGCAUUAAUGAUACAUUUGGGAAUCAAGAUAGAAGAAGUUCCUGUCAAAAUCUCAUCUUAGCUGUAAUCGAUACAAUUCAUGAAACAAAUGUUUCUAAAUUAAAUACUAUCAAGGAAAAAAUUAAUAAUAAAAUGUUACGUUUUAUUCAGUGGAAAUUUCCUACUAGAGUAUCUAAUAAUUCGAGCCAAGUAAUUAAAUUCAGACCUUUUGUUGGAAAUUGCUCAUCUAUUGGGUCAGGAAAUAGCUCCAUUCAGAAUCUAGUUGGAGAUAAGUUUGUUACUGCUCACAAGUCGUGCUUUAUACACUACUUUAUUUAUAACGACAUUAAUAAUCGAAUUUCAAACGUGUUCAAAGCAAAAACAAGGAAAUAUACAUACUCAAUUCCAAAUUUCCACGACAUUAACUUAGGUAGCAUUGAUAUUAAAACAAUUCGAAAAAAAAAUGAAAAUAAUAAAAGGUUUUCAUUUAUAUAG